AUGGCGGGCAAUCAAUAUGGCCAACAGUGGCCGCAGAACCAAGCACCUCAAUACCAAUACGACGGCAGGGAUUACCAGCCACAACGGCAAGAGGUUGCGCACGGGCAAGGCUCAUACAACCAAGGUUAUGCGGGCUAUAAUGACUACCCGCAGAGUGGCAACGGGUACGGGCCAGGUUCAGCGCCAGCACCGCCACGGAACAACGGGAACGAGCAAUGGCAAGGUCAAGAUCAGUAUGCCCGGCAAGGAGGUUACGAGGAACCGCAUUACGAGACAGGGAACGGUUCUGGUCGACCUCGGCGGGAUCGCUUCGAUCAAGGCCCACCACCCCAGGAUCGCCAAUAUCAGUACGAUGAGCGAUACCGCACCAACGGACAAGGCAGGCCACCGCCAACGGAUCACAGCUAUGCUGAAGGCCCAAGGCCACCAAGGGAUCAGUGGUCACAGCCUUCGACGCCCCAGAAGCGACCCAAACCUCGCGAUCGCAUUCUGACUGAACCGGCUUCACCCAAGAACCUUGCCUGGGACAAUCCCUUUGGAGCAUUCAACGACCUUGGCAAAAAGAAGCCCGCGGCGAAGGAGCAAAGACACCAGAGACAUGCAAGCCUCGAUCAUGCAAUGGCAAAUCUGAAUGUGGAUGAGCGUCCAGGUAGCGGUGGCCCGGCACCACGACUACAGACCCCUACGGUCCGCAGAAAAGAGGCUUCGCGCCCAAGUACUUCGCAUGAUCGUCCCCCAGAUAUGGGCCGGUCUCCGCCGCCUCAAAGUUACCCAAUGCCAGCUGGAAGAAACUCGCCGGAUAUGCAUUUUCAGCAACAGCCACUACCUAGACCUCAGGAGAGGAUAGAUAGUCCACGUAUGCGCCCGUCAGUGCCACAAGGUCCGUCACGAGGUCCACCACCACCGAGUCAGCAACCGCAAUUGAGGCAAGAUCCACUCCACCCAGGUCCAGGUCCAGGCCCAGCUGUCAAGAGGCCGCCAGCGGACCAUAACUUCCAAAGAAGUUACGGGGCUCAUGAGUAUGACCAGACUCAUGAACGGUUACGCCGCAACCACACAUUUGACGAAGGUUAUGCCUCUGACUACAUUCCCCAGUCAAAAGCACAUAUCUCACCGAUAGACCGGAUGCCUCCAGGAAAUCAAUACCAGCAGGCGCCCCUGCAGGACUAUUCUGCCGAUCCAUACCGCAGGCAACCGCCUCCCAAGCCCGCUGUGCACAAUCAGAGGGAGAACAACGGUCUGCCGAACUUCGACGCCAUCCCGACCAAUGUCACCGAAAGGUUGGAAGACAACUUCAUUGCAGGCCAGAAACCUUCAUUUGACCAAAACAUAUAUCGAAGACCGACCUAUCAGGUACCUGGUGCUGCUUCAGGAGAACCAGGACAAAUUGACACUAGAGGAAUACAGCAGUCACCACCAAACCAAACCAAUUCUCCUCUGGCUGAGUUCUCUUUUGAUCUUCCGGCUACUGCUGGACCCACAAAUGCUGCUAGGAAUGGAAAUCCUGCACAAGCGGCCAUGUAUCAUGGAGGACAUAAUGAGUAUACUCCCGGUCAACGGGCAGCGUCGAGUAGGUAUGGGGAGAGACAGCCCCAAGAAAUACCCCGAUCGCAGUAUCCACCUCGUGCUGCCAGCCGGAAUGGGAUGAAGCAACCGGUGGAAAAUGCCGCUUCACAGCCACCAUUGCCCAACAACGGCCAGCCGUAUCGUUCAUUCAGCCAAGAUACCUAUCCUCAGCGACCGCAUACUAGCAAUGCACAACGGGCAGCGCCCCAAAGCUAUGAGGUGAUGAAUCCAUAUGAUCAAGAUUACACGCACCGAGCUCCGUCGGCGCCUGCUGCGCCCGUACCAUUUGAGCAGGGAUUUGGUCCACCUGGGCAGAACAACCAAUACCAGCAGCCGUAUGGGCAAGGUCUUCCCAUGCGCAAGGCCUCGCAAGAUAGCUACAACCAGAACCAGCAAUUUCGCCAGCCUGGAAUCAGCUCUGCGCAUCCAGUUCCAGUCCGACACUAUGGACCGGUGCCGAAUGGCGAGACCAACCCCGACGCUCUUCCAGCCCAUCCCACGCCAGUCAGGAGUGGAUUGAGCAACGGCAAUAGUUAUCAGUCUACUCAGGCAGCACCUGCACCGACUCCGCAGCGGCGUGCUGUUUCGGAAUCCCCUCAGCCGGUCACCCUCCAGGAGCUGAAUAACCUGCGGCAAAUGUACAGCAGUAACCCCGGCGACCACGCUCUCGGGUUGAAGCUCGCGAAGAAGAUGGUCGAAGCCGCGAAAGUGCUUUCAGACGAGAAUGGAAGGGCGGACGCGAAAACGGCUCAAAAGAACCGCGAGAAGUACAUCUUCGACGCGCACAAGCUGAUCAAGAAACUGGUGGCUUCCAACUACCCAGAUGCAAUGUUCUAUCUGGCGGACUGUUACGGACAGGGAAUGUUGGGACUUGCGGUGGAUGCCAAGGAAGCGUUUACCCUAUAUCAAUCCGCCGCGAAGCUGAACCACCCUCAGAGCGCCUAUCGAGUGGCCGUGUGCUGUGAACUGGGAUCUGAAGAGGGUGGUGGAACCCGACGGGAUCCACUCAAAGCGAUGCAAUGGUACAAGCGAGCCGCAACAUUAGGUGACACGCCGGCCAUGUACAAAAUGGGUAUGAUCCUCCUGAAGGGGCUACUCAGUCAGCAGAAGAAUCCGCGCGAAGCAGUCUCAUGGUUGAAAAGAGCGGCUGAGCGUGCAGACGUAGACAACCCACACGCGCUACACGAGCUCGGCCUACUGUAUGAGUCGACGACACCGCCAGACAACAUCGUCCGCGAUGAAAGGUACGCGGUGCAAUUGUUCCAGCAAGCUGCAGAACUGGGCUACAAAUACUCACAAUUCCGCCUGGGAUCGGCGUAUGAGUACGGACUCAUCGGUUGCCCGAUUGAUGCAAGACAAAGCAUUGCCUGGUACACUCGAGCCGCAGCUCAAGGGGAACAUCAGUCUGAGUUGGCGCUGAGUGGGUGGUACUUGACUGGUUCGGAGCCCCUGCUCUCGCAAAGUGAUACCGAGGCAUUCCUCUGGGCGCGGAAAGCUGCGAGCUCGGGGCUUGCAAAGGCCGAGUAUGCAAUGGGUUAUUUUAAUGAGGUGGGUAUCGGCACAGCGGUGGAUAUGGAGGAGGCGAAGCGGUGGUAUUAUAGGGCGGCUUCACAAAACUUUGCCAAAGCGCGAGAAAGACUUGAAGAGCUGAAAAGGGGCGGUCCAAAGCAGCAAAAGACUCGCAUGUCACGAUCGAAUGUCAACAGGCAGAGUGAUGGGGAGUGCGUGGUCAUGUAG